AUGUCUGGCCCUCCUAGAUACCCACUCUUGGGGUGCAAGACAACCUACGACACGAAACUUCAAGACCCUUCGGCCAAGCUCUAUGACGGGUUGGCGGAGCCUUGCCCGUUUUCCUUGAGUCUGGCGCCCCUAGAAACCCAGCUGCGGAAACGUUUUCGUGCCCACCAGAACCAGGAUACCAAGGAGGACGCUUACCCUGCUUACGCUGCCCCGUGCUCUGCUGAAAGCGGCGACGAUAUGAUCAUUUCCGAUACCGACACCGUUCCUGACGUGACGCAUCCACCAAAGAGACGCCUCACGCUGGCCAACCAGCCCGAUACAAGACAGGUGCCCGUUUCCGCAGACUCGGUGAUGUCCAUCUCCAGCACCCAUAGCGUGGCUGCCUCUGCUAUCCGAAGUGCUUCCAAUACGUUUAUCAAGCCCGACAGCCAGAUUCACCCAUGUACGCCUAACGGGAUAGAGUCCAUGACAAACUCGCCCAUCCUGGACAUGGAGGACCAGAACCCCCAGCAGCUAGUACUUCCGCUGCCCCUGGCUUCCCCGGUCCAGAGCGCUACCGACAAGCGGUCCGUGCAUGAGUUCUGGGAGCGCCAUUUGCUGAAACCUCCAGCCACCCAGGGCGACUUGGCGGAGCUCAUGGUGAACCUUUCAAACUUCUCGCUGGCGCCGUGCCGAAACCACAUCAUCUUCCAGCUCUUACAACAAGUUGAUCGUUCGCUGCUUUCAACGUUCUGUGGCAUAAUCCAGGACUCUUUGAGACGUGACUUGUUGUCAAGCUUGCCGUUGGAGGUUGCCUUAUCGAUCUUGUCCCACUUGGACUACAAGUCUGUUUUGGCCGUCUCUAGAGUUUGCCGGUCUUGGAAUCGCUUGGUUAACAACAACACAUUGUGGACCGCUAUGCUUCAUAGAGACAAGCUCUUGAGAGACCCAGCUCUACUAGAUAAAGAGCUCUCGAACCCCGACAGGCUCAUAGCAGGCUGGGCCACUCCUAGUCCAUACCUCAGCGGUAUCAACUUGGCCCAAACACUUUACAAGAAACGCUUCAUCAUUUUGCAGCGCUGGAUGAACCCCUCGUAUGAACCAAAACGCAUAAGCGUGGCAGGCCACGGCUCGAGUAUUGUCACAUGUCUACAACACGACGAAGAAAAGAUCAUCACCGGCUUCGAAGGGAAGCUGAUGAACGUCUACGAUACUCAAACUGGUGAACUUCUUCGUGUUCUUAAAGGUCACGAUGGCGGAGUUUGGGCCCUCAAAUACUUCUCCAAUACCUUGGUGAGUGGCUCUACUGACCGUGACGUGCGUGUUUGGAACAUCCGUACUGGUAAAUGUACCCAUAUGUUCAGAGGUCAUACUUCGACUGUGAGAUGUCUAGAUAUCUUGCACCCCGUGCAGAUCGGUGUCGAUGAUAACGGUGAGCCUAUCAUGUUCCCCAAAGAACCGCUCUUGGUUACUGGCUCAAGAGACCACAACUUGCAUGUCUGGAAGCUCCCCUUGGAUAAUGAGGGCGAGCAUGCAGAUGAAAUCACCGAGACAAAGACCUUCGAUAGUAAAGAUCCCGACAACCCUUACCUUGUUGCCGUUUUGGUCGGUCACACCCAGUCCGUUCGUUCCGUAUCCGGCUACGGCAAUAUCAUCAUUUCUGGCUCAUAUGAUACAACUGUCAGAGUUUGGGACUUGAAAGAAGGCGGAAGAUGCAAGCAUGUAUUGGAAGGCCACAACGACAGAAUCUACUCGACCUCCUUAAACUACAAGACACGUCGUUGCUACUCGGGAUCUAUGGACCUGUCCAUCAAUGUCUGGGACUUCGAGGAAGGAAAGCUUCUUUUCUCUUUGGAAGGGCACAAUUCUCUCGUUGGAUUAUUAGAACUUUCUGAGGAUUACUUGGUUUCUGCCGCAGCUGAUUCUACUUUGCGUGUUUGGAACCCUAAUACCGGAGAGAAUUACAGCAAGUUGAAGGGACACAAUAGCGCAAUUACCUGCUUUCAGCAUGACAGUCUACGGAUUGUGAGUGGAAGUGAACGCAUGCUCAAGCUUUGGGAUGUCAAGACAGGUGAGUUCGUUCGUGAUUUACUUUCUGACAUCACCAAGGGUAUCUGGCAAGUGCGCUUUGAUCCUGAUAGAUGUGUGGCUGCUGUGCAAAAACAAGGAUCGGACAACGAGGAAACGUACAUCGAAGUUCUCGACUUCAGCGCUCCACUCAACAAGUAA